UUAACGAGUUACGGUUAGUUAAACUUAUCAAAGCAAAGCAACAUUGCACUGUUCUCUUCUCGUGAGUCCCCCCAAAUCCCAUAACAUAAUUCAAUUCACACAAACCAUUCUCUCUUUUUUGCUCCCAUCUUUCUACUCUUAUCCUCUCUCAUCCUAACUUUCCCAACCCUAACAUAACAAACUCUUCAAUUCAAUUCAAUUCUCCAUAACCGCUCUUCGAUCCUUUUCACCGUUUUUCAAUAAUCAAUUCCAAUUUUCCUCUGCUACAUCGCUACAAGAAGAAGAUGACGAAGAUGAUGAAGAUGUUCGCGAUUCUCCUUUGAAGUCUCCAUCGCUGCCGAUCAGGAAGGUUCACUCCGAAUCAGAACAACCGUUCACAAGCUCGUCGUUUAGGGUUUGAUUACGAUUUAAUUACCGAAGGAACAAUCACAUCUUGUUGUUCUUCUUCUUCGGUUCGAUUCAAUCUCAAACCCUAAUUACUCUUCAUAUGGCUUCUCCAAGUUUCUGAUUUGUAUUCGCUGGAUUUGGAUUCGCCUUAUUCUCACGCUAAACAGUUCCCAAGGAAGGUUUUUUGGUCCGUUCGUGAUUCAGAGUUUUGUAACGAAGAGGAAGCUUCAGUCAAGAAUUAAUCAAGUGAAUCUCAUUGGCUUGAUCGGUUCGAUUUGUGUUCGAUCCUAACCUUAGUAUAAUCUGCAAGUUUAGGGAAGAGAAAAAAGAGGAAAAAAAUAGCUUGAAUUUAUUGUACUGUUUUUGAUUUUUUGAGUUUCAAUAUCAGGGUUUUCUAUUAGUUAUUAUUUUUAUAAUUUCAGAGGCCCUUUGUGUUUUGUUAUUGCUUUGGUAAAUUAAUCAUCUUUUAUAGAUUGAAAGAGAUAUAUACCAUGGCGGUGUAUUAUAAAUUUAAAAGUGCAAGAGAUUAUGAUUCAAUUUCCAUGGAUGGUCCUUUCAUCUCUGUUGGUACUUUGAAAGAAAAAAUAUUUGAAUCAAAGCAUUUAGGGAGAGGUACUGAUUUUGAUCUCGUCGUCACCAAUGCCCAAACCAAUGAAGAAUAUCUUGAUGAAGAAAUGUUGAUCCCUAAAAAUACCUCAGUGUUAAUUCGUCGGGUUCCAGGACGACCACGUUUACCAAUUGUUACCGAACAAGAACAAAAGGUGGAAAAUAAGGUGGUGGACACUGAACCUGCUAACAGUAGCUUACCAGCUGAUGAUAUGUCUGCCAUGAAAUAUGUUGAAGAUUCAGAUUGGGAUGAAUUUGGCAAUGAUUUGUAUUCAAUACCCGAUCAACUUCCAGUUCAAUCAAUCAAUAUGAUUCAAGAGGCUCCUCCAACAAGCACAGUUGAUGAAGAAAGUAAGAUUAAGGCAUUGAUUGAUACUCCAGCGUUGGAUUGGCAACAUCAAGGUUCAGACUUUGGUGCUGGUAGAGGUUUUGGAAGGGGCAUGGGUGGACGGAUGGGUGGUGGACGUGGUUUCGGGUUGGAGCGGAAAACACCUCCACAAGGCUAUGUAUGUCACAGAUGCAAGGUGCCUGGACAUUUCAUUCAGCACUGCCCCACAAAUGGUGAUCCAAAUUAUGACGUCAAGAGAGUCAAGCAACCUACUGGUAUUCCUAGAUCUAUGCUGAUGGUAAAUCCACAAGGUUCCUAUGCUUUGCCAAAUGGUUCGGUAGCUGUUUUGAAGCCAAAUGAGGCUGCUUUUGAGAAAGAAAUGGAAGGGAUGCCAUCUACUACCCGAUCUGUCGGGGAUCUGCCACCUGAGCUCCACUGCCCCUUGUGCAGUAAUGUUAUGAAAGAUGCUGUGUUGACAAGCAAGUGCUGUUUUAAAAGUUUCUGUGACAAAUGUAUUAGGGACUAUAUUAUUUCCAAGUCAAUGUGCGUAUGUGGUGCAAUGAAUGUUCUUGCAGAUGAUCUUUUACCUAAUAAGACAUUAAGAGAUACCAUCAAUCGCAUACUGGAGUCAGGCAAUAGCAGUACUGAAAAUGCUGGGAGCACUUAUCAAGUUCAAGAUAUGGAGUCUGCUCGCUGUCCACAACCUAAGAUUCCAUCUCCAACGUCAUCUGCUGCCUCUAAGGGAGGACUAAAGAUUUCACCUGUUUAUGACGGAACAACAAAUAUACAGGAUACAGCUGUUGAAACAAAGGUCGUUUCUGCUCCACCGCAGACAUCGGAACAUGUUAAGAUACCUAGAGCCGGUGAUGUAUCUGAAGCUACUCAUGAAUCUAAGAGUGUGAAGGAACCAGUGUCUCAAGGGAGUGCCCAGGUUGUUGAGGAAGAAGUGCAGCAAAAGUUGGUUCCUACUGAAGCAGGAAAGAAAAAGAAAAAGAAGAAAGUCCGUAUGCCUACAAAUGAUUUUCAGUGGAAACCCCCACAUGAUCUUGGGGCUGAGAACUAUAUGAUGCAAAUGGGCCCACCUCCCGGCUAUAAUCCAUACUGGAAUGGCAUGCAACCUUGCAUGGAUGGAUUUAUGGCACCGUAUGCUGGUCCAAUGCAUAUGAUGGAUUAUGGUCAUGGCCCCUACGACAUGCCAUUUCCAAAUGGCAUGCCUCAUGACCCGUUUGCAAAUGGAAUGCCUCACGACCCAUUUGGCAUGCAAGGUUACAUGAUGCCUCCUAUUCCGCCUCCGCCUCAUAGGGAUCUUGCUGAGUUCAGUAUGGGGAUGAACGUUCCACCCCCAGCUAUGAGUAGAGAGGAGUUUGAAGCUCGUAAAGCCGAUGCGAGGAGGAAGCGUGAAAAUGAGCGGCGGGUUGAAAGGGAUUUCUCCAAGGAUCGAGAUUUUGGUAGGGAAGUGAGCAGUGUUGGGGAUGUUUCUUCAAUAAAAUCAAAAACUAAACCAAUUCCACCGUCUUCAGCAAGCGAUUAUCAUCAAAACCGUCACCGUUCAGAACGGCCAUCGCCAGAUUCAUCCCACCGUGAAGUUGAACCACCGCGUCCAACCAAAAGAAAAUCAGAUCACUCUGAACGCGAACGCGAAGACAGAGAUCGAGACUACGACUACCAUGACCGUCACCAGGAUCGCGACUACGAGCACGACCGUCACCAGCACCGCCGUCAUCACCACCGAACAGAAGCGUCGUCCAAGAAAUCAACAGAUCCAGUCACCAAAUCCACAUCUAGGAAGUCAUCGGAACCAGAUAUCAAAUCCAAGUCCAGAAAAUCAUCUGAACCAGUGACUAAAUCCUUAUCUUUAUCAAAGACAGCACAAACUACAUCGGCGGAAGCAGCGGCCGCCGCAGCUGCAGAUCGGAAGCAGAAGGCGAGUGUCUUCUCACGGAUAAGCUUUCCUUCUGAGGAAGAAGCUGCUGCUGCUGCUAAAAAGAGAAAGUUGAGCGCUAGUUCUACAACUGAAGCAUCCACCGCCGCUACCGCCAGUGUCUCUGCGAAAGCUCCUUCCACUACGCAUCUGUCUAACGGAGGGAGGAAGAGCAAAGCUGUUAUGGAUGAUUAUGAAUCUAGCGAUGACGACGAGGAUGACGAGAGGCAUUUUAAACGGAGGCCGUCAAGGUAUGAGCCGUCUCCACCGCCGCCGGUGGAUGAUUGGGUGGAGGAAGGAAGACACUCUAGAGGAACAAGAGAUCGGAAGCAUAGAUAGAUGAAGAAUUUGGCAUUUUGGAAGAGCUGUGUUGUUGCAGUGCUCGUUACGCUAUGGAGUCAUCACCAGCAAAAAUCUUUACCUCUAUCGAUCCAUUUCGAUGCUUAAAAUAAACUUUGUUGGGAUGAUUUUUACAGUGUAACUUUUUUGUGACUCUACUAUUAUUAAGUUUCAAUAAUUUCGUCCAUGUACAAUUAUUAUGUAUGUCUUAUUCAAAUCUUAUUAAAUGAAUCAGUUGCUUUGUUUUUUCAUUCAAA